AUUUUGCAACCGAUAUAUUUCACGCUUCGAUCUUUCGUAUCUCCCAUGGAUCUAGACCAAUCAAUCUCAUAGAUCGCGUCCGAGUGACUAAGCAAAUUUUUUCCCCAAAGGACUAUAAAAAUCCCGACGCGCAUCGAUGCAUCAGUGAAAUGCCAAUCGUCGUCGUUUGAACAUUGUGAGAAACACGAUCGUGGAUUCUCGCCAUAAUGUUGCCGCCGAUCAUCGGCAACAUUAACAGCAACGACAUAUUGACGUUGUACACAAAUCCCGGCAACGGCAACAACAGGAAUGUGGUGGCGACGCGAGCGAUCAGCAGGGGUCGUUAUGCGGAAAUCGGCGUUAGGAGGAGCGAUGUCUUCCUGGAACCGUACCUGCAGCAGCACGGGACCGUUCAGGUGGUCAACUCGCCGAGCUCCUUACCGCCAAAUCCGCUGCAACAUCGUCAACUUACGCAGCUGCACCAUGUACAGAGUGAAGAAUCACUUUCAUCGGAAGGAUCGGCCACUUCGGGAGGAUCUUCGGCAUCCACGGAAGAUUCUGGAAGCGAGAUAGCCUGUGACAUCACUCUGAUCGAAAGACUUAUACGCUCUCAUCCGAUUUGGUUUCUUCCGGGUAUUCAGAGAGCCGGAGCUUUCCACUUAUUGCAGGGCAAAGAAGAGGGGAAUUUCGUGGUGCGACAAUCGAGUCAGAGCGACACAAUGGCUCUUUCAGUGAGAUUACCGGCCGGCAAAGGACCAUAUAUCGAGCAUUACUUGAUCCAGGCGAACAAGGGCAAGUUAAGCUUGGAAACGAGUGAGAAUAGAUUCGACAAUAUCCCUUCGCUGAUUGCUCACUAUUCGCAGUGCUGUGACGAGCUGCCGGUGCAGCUGACUCUCCCGAGAGCGAUGCGAGAAGCGAAAAACAGACAGCAAUUGUCGUCGCUGGCAUUGCUGGGUCAGGAAUUUUGGCGAUAUCCUAUGGCGAAUCCAAAACCACCGGAAAGUGGUAGCAGUAAUACUUCUAGUCUUAGCAGCUUUCAUGGUGGCAAUAACCAUAAUAAUAAUAAUAAUAACAAUAAUGCGGAUACGCCGACCACUGAAAAUAUAGUGCUCAACCUGGCCCCAAUAUCGUCUCACAAUACACACACUCCCUCUCCGACGAACACAUCGACAUUUGCAUCAUCAUUGCCACGUCAGCCGCGUCCGACUCCGCCGAAUACCCUGAAUCUGACAACCUUCAAUGAACCUUUGAACGACAGCAAAAGAGACCGGAGCGUCUCGUCAUCGAAUGACAAGCUCUCUCACAAGUUGAUCUCGCCGAACCUCGUGCAAAGCAUACGAUGCCCGUCGCCGGUGGUUCACAACGUAGAGAGCAACGUUCUGAGUCCUGCGCAGGAUCUCAAGAGCUUCGAGACCCUGAAGAACGGUCUGAUGGACAUGCCGAGGUCGACGGCGAUCGAGAAGUUCAUCAAGAAUUCUGAGAAAUUUCCUUCUACCUCGAGCUUCCAUCAGAACAAUCUCUCAUGCGCCACGUCACCGGAAUUGCCGGAUAUCAGGAAUAUUGUCGCCGAGAGCGAUAAAACUACGCAAACUGUGAAGACGCCACCACCGCCGCCGCCAAGGUGGGCUAAGCCUGGCAUCAGUCAGAGUCAAAGUAAUUUCACGGUGACCACGACGGUGACCUUUAACGUGAACCAGGGCUCGAAUACUUCACAGCAAAAUACACCGUCAGACGCCAACACGUCACUGCUGAGUCCUCAGUCCACCAAAUCUCUCACUUCCAACUUCUCUAUCAAAUCACCUCUCUCCCCCAUCACGCCAGUUUUAUCCCCCACCUCCAAGCUAAUUUCGAAAACACCUAGCGUCCUUUCGCCAAAUACUCCCUCUAGCACCAGCAUCAAAAGGCGACGAGACCGCGAGAACCGGAAAAAUUCGCAACAUUAUCAGGAAUCGGAUAUCUUGGAAUCGUACUAUCGCAGCUCGCCAGCUGACAAGAUUUCCGACUACGAGGAUAUCUGGAACACGACCGACCAGUCGACGCAGUCCACCUGGAAUGACAGGUUGAAAGACAACAAGCUUGUUUGCAGCCCACAAGAUCGUCUGAGAAGUCCCAAUGACCGUCUGUUGAGUCCCAAAGAGUCCGAAAGAAGUCUUAUCAAUGAAAGAUUGCCAGCCGGAGAACAGAUAAUUUUGAAGGACGAUAAAUUUAUCUUAAGGAAUGAUAAGAUUGGACACAAGGAGGUGACAAGUCCGGAGUUUAGUAGCUUCAAACCUGCUGUUCCGGAAAUGAAGAGUCCCGAUCAGAAUUCAUUAGAGGAGACUGGAAUGGGAAAGAGACCCGAUCUGCUAUCUAGAGUUUGCAGCGCCAAUUCACUGAAUAGUCCGAACACAGUAACGCCUCCGAGGAACAAAUUGGGCCUUGUUCUGGGAAACUCGGGGAGCAACAGUCCCCUGACUCCGGAAUCUAAACAGAAUAGUCCCUUUUAUGCCGAACCAGCCGACGCGAUUGCUCAGAACGCCGCCGUCGUCCCGAGGAGACGGCCGAGUAGAAAUAAUCCGCUGAUACAUAAGUAUCGGCACAGCGAACCUGGUUGGUUGCAGACCCCGACCGGAAACAACGCUCAGCUGCAUCCCAUCGACGGCUGGGAAGAACCUGCGGAAGAAACGGAAGAAAAGACGCCAUUGAUUUCGUCGUCGGUCGACAACCUGGCGAAGCGAUUGAGCCAGAAUAAAGAGACGAAGAAGAUUCGAGCGAAGCCCGUUCAGCCACCCAAGAUAAAGACUAAGAUGGUCAAUGAUACCUCUUGGACGGUCGACUCCAGCUGGGAGUUUAUCGGCAAUGAUGCAGAGGACUGCGAACCAGAUUACGAUUGUGAUGCCGACUACAAUGGUGACAAUGUUGCGAGAAAAUUCCCGGGUGACGAGGAGUGCAAUAGAAACAUUGUUGGAGACACCUUGACGGUGCAAAGUAUAAUCCUGCAACGAUACCCGGAAUUGCUAAAGUCCCCGAAUAUGUGCGAAUCCUUAUAUAGCGAUCGAAACUCCUCGUACGACAACGUGGAAAAACGGAACAACGUGGAUCGUGAAAGUACACCGGACUCACGAAGAGAUCGCACGUAUGAUCCUUCCGAAUGGGAAACUAUGCUGGACACAGAUAUUGAAACCGACAUGGAAAAGAUCAAGCGAAACAAGAGUUUCAAAGAACGACUGGAUCCUCUUUUGUCACCGCCACGAAUACAAGCUCUUUCGAAAAGCCGUGAUCACCAGAACGGAACCGGAGCGGCCAUCAGGGCUUACGCUCUUCAGCUUGCAGCGGACAAGACGACAACCUUCUCGCAGAACAUCGACAACUUUAUUCAGUGCACGCGGGAGAGUAAGGAGGUGACGCCCCACGUGGUGAUGCGCAACAUGCGGCAGUUCAUGUCGGGUAUGAAGAACUACCUGGUGAAGCACGGCGAGCGCGAGUUCGAGAAGGAGGUGGAGAAGGAGCGCUUGAAGUUGCGGGCGAACGAGUUCCUCAAUCUCGACGCGAUCCUCGAAGACGUGAUGAGGGGCCUGGUGGUGAGGCCCUUGCGAGAACACGUUUGUCGGCUGUUCAUCGAUUACUAUGUCGCCACCGGAGUGUUGCAGACCCUGGCGGAGAACAUUCAACACGCCCAGGGCAAGACCAUCCACGAUCUCGGCGUGCGAUCGAAAAUCAUCCUCCUUCGGAGGAGAAUCUGGAGCGCAUUCUCAAGUGCAUCGAACGGCUGCAAAGAGCUGACUCUCCACUUGAAAAACUAGAGUAUCUAUUGAACGCUAUUUCGGCUAUCUUUAAUUCUGUGAAGCAAGCUAACUCCGGUAGACAUAUUACGCUGGGUGCCGAUGACCUUUUGCCCUUGG